GGAAUUCCAUGUGUUUUAUGAACUGAUUUGUUGUUUGUAACAAUUACUUGCUUUCAUUGUCUUUGUAAUAAAAUGCAGCCAAACCGGAAUAAAAGUGCACGUAGGAAAGUUGUCAGGUUUACAGAGGCAAGCGCGGACAGCCAGGUGAUCAGGAGCCCCAGUCGCCUUGGAUACAGCGAUGACAUCCCACCCAUUGUGGUAGACGCAACGUGGGAGAACACCUCACAGGACUCCAACAGGGAGGACUUCCAGCUACUGGACCUUAAUGAGGUAGCUGAACCAGACCUCGAGACCAGUCUAAACUCUGCCCGAGCUGAGACAGAAACCCGAGAUAGUGGACAGCAGACGGAUUUCCCGCCUACCCCGACAACUCCGAAUUUCCCUCCACACCAGAAGGCGGGAUCUCAAGGCAGACAUUUUGUGUCUUCUCAGAAGUUUAUAAACGAGAAAGGGCAGUCGGCUAAACACCCCUAUGAAAAGACAGUUUAUUUCGUGCAAACAGUUCAAAGUAAUGGAAAUACACCUGCUAAACACCAUACGCAGACUGUGAAAAAUAAUUUUCAGUCGCCAACAUCAGUUCUCAACAAGAGUGUUUCAUACUCAGGGAGCCCUAGUACACGGGUUGACUCAGGAUACAGCAGUCAACAAGAAACCAUACGAAUUCCGGGCUCACCACAACAAUUGCAGACACAACCCGUAGUAUCAAAAAUUAUCUCCAACUCCACUGGUGACAGAUUAUUGUCAAGUGAUACGAACUACAGCAAAAGUCAGGCAGUUUCAUCAUCAACAGGAAACAGUUCCCCCACACGACCGAUAUCGGGUAGAGUAAAUGAGAAUUCUAAAUCUGUGACAUAUUCCUACAGUGGAGAUAGACCAAAUAACACAGCAAAAAUGAGUCAUUAUGACAAUGCUCUAAUUUCGCCACUGUCGUCUGCACGCAAACAAGAGAAGCAAGAUCUUCAGAUUCUGAAUGAUCGAUUUUCAACGUACAUUUCCAAGGUGCGAUCACUGGGCGAGCACAACAACAGACUCGACAGCGCUUCGUUGAUGAAGCAGACGCGCAUUCUUGAAGAUGAAGUAGCAACUCUGAAGGCUUUGUACGAAAGGGAGCUGGAUGUUUUAAGACAGGACCUGAAUGCCACAAGUCGAGAGAGAAACAACUACCAGCUACAGUGUGAGAAAAAUAAGCAGAUGGCCAUUGACUUUGAAAGCAGGAUGGCUGUAGAGUCAGACAAAAAUCGUCGACUGGUGGACGAAUUGAAUCAGGCUCAGCGAAAAGCAAAUACUCUCGAGACUGAGUUGAUGUCCCUGAGACAGAUGGGAGAUGGUCGAGUAGACUUCCAACACCUGCAGAGAGAGAUGGACAAACUGAUACGAGAGAAUGAGGAUCAUAAACACAGACAGGAGCAGGAAUCUCUUCUACGCACAGAGGCUGAGGACCAGUGCCACAUUCUACGGAAGAAACUCGAGUUCAACGAACAGGUCCACGUGCAGCAAAUGGUUGAGAUACGCGAGAGACUCGAACAAAGUCAGGCGAUGAUAAUUAGUCUUGAGUCUCGAAUCAACGCAAACACUAAAAACGACAUGGCUAUCCCGGAUGUGUUGAAGCAGGUUCGAGAACAAGCAGAGAUCGAGUUCAAGAGAUAUCAGCUGGAGUCAGAGGAAAAGUACAAUAGAAACAUUGGUGCCUUGAAAUGCCAAAUGGACAAUGACGCCCACACUAUAGAGAGACUUAGUCAGGACAAGUCCAAACUGCAGGGACAGAUGGGCGAGCUACAGGCAAGGAUCAGGAACCUGGAGGGCCAGAUCAUGACCCUUGAGCACCAGCGUCAGACGGUGGAGUCCAUGAUUCAGCAGGAAAGGACGCGAGCCAGUGAGCAGCUGCAUGAAAUGGAGGCCAAAGUCCGAGACAUGCAGGAGCUUGUGUUCUCCAAGAUGCGGGAGGCGAGUGAGGAACGUGAGCUCCACAUUCCACUCAAGGCCGAGAUUGAGGCAAUGAAGAUGCUACUUGAGGAGGAGGAAAAGAGGCUUCAAUUACCACUAACCACGCCCACUAGAGAUGCCCCCUCCUAUACGACCCCAGGGAUGUUUGGCCUCCCCCCAGUCAGCACCCAGGGGAUAUACUCCAUGGGUAGCAUUGGCAACCUGGGGUACUCAGGAGAUGAUGGAGAACUCAGGACUCGGUUUGGAGCGCCAGAAGGGAGUUACUCUCAGGAGCCCAUACCCAACACUGAGCCCUUGUUUACGCAUGUACCCAUGACAGAAACAACCACGGAACCUGUGAUGGCAGACUACCACAGUGGUACCCGCUACACAUAUGAGACCACUCCCAGUGUGAAUCGUCUGCAGUUGGAGACCCCACCCCGCCCCUCCCCUCGGGCCAUCGGACCAAUCUCACGGGCCAAGUCUGCACCAGUGAGGCCUGGAUCUCAAGUCCAAGUAGUUCCCACCAAUCUGGGUCAGGGCAAGGACUAUUUUGAUGAGAUGUUCCGUGACCUGACCCGUGAGACCCUGUACACCCAGGCCCACCCCAAGAGCAGCCCGCUGGAGCGCCCGCCCAGUGCCCCCCGGGAGAGAUCCGGUAGCGCUGUUAGGGAUCAGACACUGAACAGGCCAACAGAGAGGUCUGACACAUUUGUGAAGGAGACAGAGAGCUCCCCGAGCCCUCAGCCAGAGCGGCCUCAGAGUCGGGUCUCUGACCACGUGGAGGAACCACGCCCGCCACGGUCCAGCGAACGCCCGCACAGCUCUGUCUUUCAUGACUACACAACCUCCACAUCCAGUGGCGCAGAUGAGUUUUGGACAAGUGCAACGGGGGACGUGAAGAUUCUAGAGGUGAACCAGGAUGGAAAGUUUGUUCGGCUCUUCAACGAUGGAAGUCAGGAGAUUGAGUUCGGAGGCUACAUGAUUCAGCAGAACGUCGGAGGACAUCCAGUGGCAGUGUUCCGGUUCCCACCGCGCACAAAGUUCCCGGAGGAGUCUACAAUCACUGUGUGGUCCGGUUCCCAGGACCCUGUGGAGCAUCAGCCGCCCCGGGACUUUGUGUGGCGGGAACAGCACAAGUGGGGUACUGGACCGGAGUGUACCACUAUCCUGUGUAAACCAAAUGGACAGGCGGUAGCUUGGAUGACUGCCGCCCACAGGUUUACAAAGAACCCGUACGAGGACAGUGGGAAGGGCUCGCCUAUGGAGGAAGUACAAAUUCUAGAGACGGCACCUACUCAAGGCGGACAGGAAGUGCUCACAGAAAUGAACGUGAAUCUGAACGAGCCGAAACCGGAGGCGGUCUACCUUAGGAGGGAGAAGCAGACCCCACCCUCCCUGACGGCCCAGAAGCAUCCACACGGUACCAGCCCAGGCACAGAGACCCACCCCCACACCGGUCAGCCACGCCCCUUCCUUUACGGCAACGACAACAGCAGUGUGAACAGGCAGUCUCGGGUGCAGACCACACGCCCUGACCCCAUCGCUGGCCAGCCAUAUGCCGGUGGGUCCGGUAACCGUAUCGGCAGUGCUCCACUGAGAAAGUACAAGUCUACCGCCGGAGGGGGAACUAUACGGGGCAGUGGGGCCAUUGCAAACCGCAGCUGUUGGUGUUCACACAAUACUGUAGCGGGGACACACACAUUUCGUGCCGGGGUCAUUCGGCAUGGGCCGCCAUCACCGUUUCUAUCUCCUAAACAGCAAGAGUACUCACAGUUUCGUGACAGUAGGCCUUUAGAGCCUGGUAUGACUUCCGUCCCGCCCAACCCAUUUCAGACGCCACGAAAACGCUUCGAGACUGGACUUGAGCAGGUUCAAUCCCAACAUCAUGUUCAUUUUAACCCUCCGAUGCCACGCCCACCACUGUUCUCUACCUGGUAGUCUUAGCAACACAAGAACAGCAUGUUUCUAUAGCCACAGCUGGUUUCCAUAGCAAUCGUUAAACAGUGAGUCUCCAUGGUAACAACUUGGCAGUUGGUUUCCUUAGUAACAACUUAUCACUUGGUUUCCAUAGCAGCUAUUUGAUAAAUGGUUGCCAUGGCAAAAAUCCACAAUGAAAAAUAUGAGUUUUCGAAGUAUUAACUCAACAAUUUUCCAAAUUAUUGUGUUUUCCAUUGAAUUACUUUGAUACACAAGUGGAAAGUCUGUUUGUGCCCUUCUCGAUGAUUUCUUCUAGAGUAGUUCACAUGGAUGUUUUUGUCAUCUUUUGUGGUUGAAGAGGCAGGACAAUUUUUUAAACACAAUUUUAUAUAUUAAAAAAAAAACACUUUAAAAAAGGUAUAUCAAUUAUAGUUGUGAAGUUUUAAAAUGAAUAAAGAGUAAAUUCAAUUUAUAACAUAUUUGCUUUAAAUGUUGACACUUACAUAUGUCACAUUGUUUAAAUUCAAUUAUUUUCUAUAAAUAUGAAGAAUGCAUUUUGCUUGUUAUAAAAUGGGUUAGGUACAUAAGUUAAUCUUGGAUUUUUAUGUUUUAUUCUCAGUAUAUAUUAGUUUAGGGCUUAUUAAAGACUGUAUGUAAUCAAAUAUCAGGAGGAAUGUUGUGUUAUGCUUUUUUACUGCCAAUGUAUUUCAUACAACUGUUACAACUUCGAUAUUGUUAACCUAUUUAUUUCUGAACUAACAUAUUACAAACUCAGGGUGUGCAAAAAAAUAUGUCAAGCAAGGAAAAUAAAUCUAUCAGAUAUGGUUUUGUCAAUUAAUUAAAAUAUUCACACAAAUUGGAUGAUAAAUAUUCUAUUUACAAAUGAAUGAUAAACAAAUGAGGCAUUUUUGUUAGUGUUUGAUUUGGUCCUUACUUUAACUGCCCUCAAGAAUUGUUGUUGGUUUUUCUGUAACUGUCGUGAACAUGUUAACUUUCACUGCAUUUGUUUUAUUUAUUUAUGUUAUUUGAAUUACACUUAUACAUUAUUUAUAUUGAUUACUACGUAUUGUUUUUGUGUCUGGUUUUUAAAUUAUGUUGUUAUGUUUCCUACAUAGCACAUGUAAGAUGAUUGUCACUAACAUUCUGUGAUAUAUUGUUUUAUGGGAACAAUUUGAAUCAAAGAUAAUGCUGUGAUAUGAUUGUUAGUAGCUUACAUAUUGUUUCAUUGUUACUUAGAAUUUAUUUAGGAUUUGAAGUUAUUGAUGAAGUAAUUGUGCGCCUCUUUUUUUACUAUAUUUGCCUUUACUUUCAUCUCUUGUUUUAGGUAGGAAUAACUACAUAAAUUUUAUUUGUUGCUUGUGUAUAUGGAAUGAGUUUUUUAUUCUCUUAUUAUUUAUUUUUUUGUUCGUAGAAUUUGAGGUUCUGUUUGUAACACGAUCAUAACUUACCAAUCUGUGUUGCGUUUAAAAUUUAUAGAUAUAUUCUAUAAAAAAAAUUGUAAGUUAUUUUUUAAGAACUUGUUGUUUAAUCAAGUAAAUAUUAUAAAAUAGUUUAUUCUACUUACUUGAAUUGCUCACAAAACAAUUAUUGUAGAGAAAAAUAUUCUUAUCUAACUUUUACUUUUUUUAUUAGUUAUAGGUAUAAAUGGCAAUGUUAAAUUGUUUUUGUUAGAUUUAAGUUAUUCCAUUUCUCUGACUUGUUUGCAUUUUGAAUGUGUUUCUCUACUACUAUAGAUAAAGCCUGGCAUUUUGAAUGUGUUUCUAUAGAUAAAGUCUGGCUAGCUAUAGUUGAGCCUCAUUCUGGGAAAACAAGGCUUAAUAAACGUAAAGUUUCAUCCCAGGUAAGCCUGUACAGUCUGCAUAGGCUAUUUAGGGAUGACACAUUCUUAAAACCUGGUUUUCACUAAAAGCAGAAAGUGUUGUCCCAGAUUAACCUGCCCUGGCUAAUCUGGGUUUACAUUUUACAAACAUGCCCGAUUAUCCCAGAGGAAGGCUAUAUUUUGUUUUGUGUAUCCAAGUAUGCUUGCAGGUAGUUUAUGUGUAGGAAACUGUUUACAUUAGAGUGAUAUGCACACAGCAUUCAACAAUAAACCUAUUAAUUGAACAAA